CUAAUGAGCUAAACACACGAUCAGAUGGUAAUUAUAUAUUUAUAGGCGAGUACCUAACCAACGUACCAUAGUGGUAAAGUUUGGAUCUAUGAAUUAACUUUCUUGGACGAAACAGGUUAUUUUGUUCAAUAGAAUGGAUCAGCUGCAAAGAUGCCUUCACAAAGGAAUGCUACUCAAAAGAUGCAGGUUGUCAUGGCGACCUCGAUAUGUGGAGAUGAUCCUGGAUCCUGGCUCAUUAGCAGGAGGUCAUACCUACUCACACCAACUCGUUCUUUAUGACCAGCACCGUCAUAUGUCUAAGAACAGGAUCUCGUUUGAGGAUUUAGUUACUGUCCGCUCCUUUCGUGACUGCAUAUUCCAGGUCUUCAUUUCAGAUGGUAAAAUUCUCCAGUUCCGGACUGAUAGCAUGGAGAGUCAGGCUCACUGGAUGGCUGCCCUCAAAGUCGGUCUGGGCAAAGGUCACAUUUUCCAUGUCCGAGUCCAUACGUCUAGUGGACUAGACCACGCCCUCCUGUACAGCAUUGGCGUUAAUCUUCCAGCUCACCGAGUUGGUCAGUUGGAUCGUGUCCUUGUGUUAGCCUCUCCUAUCAAUGACAUUAAUCUCAACGCAUGGGACUUGAAUCGUGUCAAGGCAUUCAUGGAAUCAGAUGUCGGAAUCAGAAUGGAGAUUUGUCCAUCAUGUAUUCGAGAAGGGCAAAGUGUUCGAAUCACAUUCAUAAUGGAGAAGAAGUUUAUCAACGAUUGCAUGCAGUUCUUGUUGAGAGAGGCUAGAAUCCGAGACAGACCACAAUUCGAAAAUGGAUUGAAAAUUUAUACAGUUCCACACCAGUGUGGGUACAUCAAGCAACCGGACAUCCCAGCCCCUCCCCUUCCUCCGCCUUACACGGAAGACGACACACAACCUCCACACCUCUCUCCAGAAAACUCCCAUGAUUCCAAACCUACACUUGGUAUGUUCAACUCACCAUCGAUGGGAACCAUCAACCCAGCAUAUCCUGUGAAGUUUUGGGAUGAAUCAACUGACUCUGGAACUGGGUCCUUUAGCAGAGAUUCUAUUGAAAUUCAUACCCAAACAGACGGCACCCUGAAUGUCCCCGUUAGCAAGAAGACUUUGAAUGAUUUCCACUUGUAUGUACCCCCAAGAACAAUUCCUCGAUUGAAUCAUGAGAGCUCAAUUCCAGCCAGUGCCCAGCCAUAUCUAAAGUACCAACCUCACAUGUACCAUCAAAGUCGUAGUCACUAUGAAGGACCAUAUCAAAUUAGCAGCCGCAUCAUAAUCACAGACUCGGGGGAAGUUCAAUUCGAACGCAAUAUUAUGGGAAACUUACCGCCUCAGGAGAACGGAGGAUUGCUAUUCAAAAAACAACUACCAUUACCCCCCAGGGGUAUCAGAGCCAAUCCCAAACAGCCUCCUAGCAACAGUCCUAAGGUAUUGUCUCGAUCGAACUUCAUUAUGGAAUCUACGUCUACAAGGGGAGGUACCUUUUCGAAGGUGAUCAAUGUAGAAGCACAACCUUCUCAACACGGGGCACGAUUCUUGAGGGAGGAGGCUAACAAAAGAAAAGCUCCUACACCUCCCCCUGAGGUACCACCACAUCCAACGUACAAUCUCAAGCAGGAACGAUUCAUUUCAACUGCUCUGGGUGGUCAGCUAGUCCAUCAAUUGCCUCCGCUUCAUGCAGUAACUCCCUGUGCCACUGUUGCUGAAGCCACACACCCUCAGCUGCCCAUUUCGUCUCAAGUCCUGACAAUCCCCCCCACCAGACUCACACAGAGUACCAGUGAAACAGGACUAGCCGCCAAACCUGCCAACUACUCCAUAACGACCCUGUUCCCAAAGGCUCGACCAGCUCUGCAUAAACGGAGUAUCAAACGCACCAGUAGUGAUUCUGAACUUUCCACAUUUACGGGCAGAGGUGAAUCUCAGUAUAAACAUUGGAUCUCGAUGUAUGGGAAUCAAACAGUAGCUGGUAUCAAGUCUGCCUCAAUGAAACGUGCUAGUCAAGUAUCCGACACAAGUGAUGUAUACAUCAUUCCAACUCCACCGUCUUCGACUACUUCAUUUCGAGAAUUUGAGAACCCAAUCUCACCGUCCUAUGUAACAGAGUCGGAGUUUCUUCGAGAUUUUUCCAAAACUGACAGUCCCUUGUCAGACAACAAUGACAGCGCGUUCUUGCCUGAAGAAGGGGAGUGUCACUACGAAAACGAUAUCAUUAUCAAACAGAUGAUGAGCACGCUGUCGUCUGGUUUACACUCUAGUGUUGAUUGUUUAUAUGACGACGUUUUCAGCAUUUGUGAGGAAAAGUCUCUUCAUUCAAGCGUCUCUGUUCCCACAAAUAGUACUACUUCUAAGUACAGAAACUUGGAUACAAGCUACUCCACCACGUCUGAAAUGAACAUCAACAACAGUGGCAUUGCUAAGGCUUUGUCCCCUAGUGAACAGUGUAAUCCGACACACAAUCCUCAACAAAGAAAGCCUCACCCUCAUCCUAGAAGGAAUACAAUGUCUUCCUCAAGCUUUGAUGUACCUGAAACAUCUAAGGGCAAUGAAAACAACCCUGAGAAUGGAAUUUCGAGAAGAGAACAAAUAAAAAGAAGUGAUGCCACAGCACAUGUUUUUAUUGUCUCCUCAGAGGGUCCGAACACACCACUCUCACCAAAACAUGUAACCUUUCAACCCAAAGAAGAACGAACUACCGCAUUGACACCCCACAUAUCCACGCCUCAGUUGAAGAGUCGAUCGCUACCAAGAAAGCCACCUGUCCCAAAACCUCGCAAGCAGCAGAAUAUGCUCACAACUAAAACAAAUUUACCGAGUUUGUCACACCUGAGCACAUCAGAUGGUGAACUGGGUGGAUCUCUGGAGCUGAAAGACAGUCGGCAUUUGAGCAAAUCCACUUUUACUAUGUUGUACCGUGGAAUAGAAGUAGGAGUGACACAUUUAUAAUAAAUUAUUUAUUGAUCUAUAUACAUGUAUAGUUAUUAUGUAUUUUAUACUG